CCCCCAUGCAAGAGGGGAGGCUGGGGUGAGCCCCUAAUAGUGCAGCCUGCCUCCAGCGUGAGCCCCACUAAACAGGCGCGGAGUUACAGGCUGCGCGGGGGCCCUGCCCUCCCGGGUUCAGAGGCUAGUACCAUGCACAGUGGCACACGCGCCCUGGCUGUGCUGCAUCUGCUGCGCCUCGGGGACAUCCCAGCUACACCGCACGUGCCUUGAGUAAUGCACCCCGUUUGGGAAGGGAUGUCUUCUUAACAUGAGGACAUGAAGGGGGCAGAUUUAAACCGAGGCACAGUGAAGACCCCCCCCCCCAGUUUCGAUCGUUUCAGGAAAGGGGGGGCAUUUUAAUGAAGGAAGCUACCAUGCUGAGGGCUAGAUGCGUGUGAGUGCCUAGAGAGAGGCGGAGGUGAUCCCUGCUUCGCUUUCCUGUUUACAGCGAUAAGGCGAAGAAAACACAUUAACCCGCCAAAGGAGAGUUCAUGAAAAUGUCAUCAGAUAUACCAUUAGACAUUAAUAUCAAGGAACCCCGCUGGGAUCAAAGCACUUUUGUUGGAAGAGCCAAUCAUUUCUUUACUGUAACGGAUCCCAGGAAUAUUUUAUUACCUAAUGAACAACUAGAAAAUGCAAGAAAAAUAGUGCAUGAUUACAGACAAGGUAUUGUGGCCCCUGGAUUGACAGAAGAUGAACUAUGGAGAGCAAAAUAUGUGUAUGAUUCAGCUUUUCACCCAGACACUGGUGAAAAGAUGAUUUUGAUUGGCCGAAUGUCAGCUCAAGUACCGAUGAACAUGACUAUCACAGGUUGUAUGAUGACCUUUUAUAGAACUACUCCGGCAGUGGUCUUCUGGCAGUGGAUCAACCAGUCUUUCAAUGCUAUUGUAAACUACACCAACAGAAGUGGAGAUGCCCCAAUUACUGUCAGCCAGCUGGGAACAGCCUAUGUUUCUGCCACUACAGGUGCUGUAGCAACAGCUCUAGGACUUAAUGCACUAACAAAGCAUGUCUCACCCCUUAUAGGACGUUUUGUUCCUUUUGCUGCUGUAGCUGCUGCCAACUGCAUAAAUAUUCCGUUAAUGAGGCAAAGGGAACUGAAAUUUGGUAUUCCUAUUACAGACGAAAAUGGAAACAGGUUAGGUGAAUCAGUCAAAGCUGCUCAGCAAGCCAUUACACAGGUGGUUGUCUCAAGGAUUCUCAUGGCUGCACCUGGCAUGGCUAUUCCACCCUUUAUAAUGAACACUUUGGAAAAAAAAGCCUUUUUAAAGCGGUUCCCAUGGAUGAGUGCCCCCAUUCAAGUUGGAUUAGUUGGAGUCUGUUUGGUGUUUGCUACUCCUCUAUGCUGUGCACUGUUUCCUCAAAAAAGUUCCAUGUCUGUAACACGCUUGGAGCCAGAAUUGCGAGCCAAGAUUCAAGAGUGCAGCCCUGAUUUAGAACGUGUGUACUUUAAUAAAGGGUUAUAAUUCAAGGAAGGUAGAAUGCCCUUUGAGGAGAAUCUUGUGAGCUCCUUUUUUAAUUGUGUGCCAGCGUUGAUGAAGACACCUCUAUUUUGACCUUUCCUUUUAUUGUUAAACAAUUUUGACCAUCCACGUUAUUUUAUAUAAAUAUAUUUUAAAAAAUUAUGAUAAAAUUAUCUUAUAUCACAAACUCAUUACUGUUGUAUUGCCCAAUUUGUAGCCGUCAGUUUUUUAACUGAAAGUUUAAUCGCACAUAUCCAAAAAUGUUUAUAUUAGCUUGUAAGCAGCUAAAGACAAAACUUUGCUAAAAGAAAAAUAUCAAACGCACAAAGAAAAUCAGAUGGUAUUUUCUAAGGGUCCAUAGCUGUUCUGGGGCUGCCAACUUUAGUUGGACCAAUUCUUUGAAAUUUCAUCACAUGGCAUAAUCUGUAAUUGAAGAUUGACCUUUAAUUCUUGGAGACUCCAGGGCAAUCCUGGAAGGUUGGCAACCAUACCUAUUUCAUUCAGGGUACGUCUAAACUACAUGGCUCCGUCGACGGAGCCAUGUAGAUUUGUUGUUUUGGCAAAGGCAAAUGA